CAGCUGGCAACUGGUGUAGGUACCUGAGCCAAAUUUUUUGCACAGCUGGCCCAAACAAGAAGACGACCUGUGCGCCCCCUCUUGUUUCUGAGCUUGCAAAAUUGCUUCCUUCCGACCAUUGUCCCCGCUCUGGCAGUACCUAUUUUUGCUUUUCUUGGGGGCAGUGCAUAGGUGUUGUGGGAUCCCUUGAAGAAAAGAUAGAGGAAAGCCCGAUUCUACUACGAGCCGAUGCUCUCACAAAUCGUUCCUGCUCCCUUGCUGUGCAACAGAGGCUGUGCUCUUCUCAAGCAUGCUCACAGCUAACAGACAGUCGCGUUCUUUGCGGUACAAUGCAGAAUCAGUUUGAGAAACACAUUCAUGAGCGUUGCCCUUGAUAGAACCAUUGUUAAGGCAUUUGAAAAAGAUGGGCAACUGCUUUGGGGAGCCAGCGGAGGUUGAAGCAAAGGACAGCUGGCUCGAUGAAAAGACGAAAAUUGGGGCGGGGGCACAUUUAAGAGAUGAUUACAAAGUUUUGGGAGGCAGCAUUGGGUAUGGCAGGGUGGCGACUGUCAGGCAAGGAGUCGAAAAGAGGACGGGAAGGAAGGUGGCCAUCAAGGCCUGCUCCAAGAAGGUGCUGUCCACUCGGCCCGCCAGAAUAAGCAAGGUCUCAGAGAUUCACGCCCUGCAGAAGAUAUUUGAGGGGCACGCACACACAAAUAAGGUGGUGGAGCUGUAUGCCACGUACGAAGACGCCAUUUACUUUUACAUCGUCAUGGAGCUCUGCAGUGGCGGAGACCUCUUCCAAAACCUUGCAACGCGGGACGUCUUCCUGGAGCAGGACGCUGCCUACAUAAUCCAGCAGCUGCUUCUGGCGAUCCAGCACUGCCAUGCCCACCGAGUGGUGCACCGAGACCUGAAGCCGGAGAACAUUCUAUUUGUGAACGACCACUCCUUCGACAUCAAGCUCGUCGACUUUGGCAGCGCGGCCAUAGUCGACGACUCCACCGUUCUGCGCGACUUUAUGGCGACCCCUUUCUAUGCGGCGCCCGAAGUGUGGGAGCGGCACUACGGGCCCGAAUGCGACAUCUGGAGCAUCGGGGCGAUCCUGUACGUGCUGGUCGGGGGCCUACCGCCUGCGCUUACGCGGCAGACGGCGCACAAGAACCCUACCUGGGUCGACUUGCAGGCCGGCAAGGUGACGGGCCUCCCAGAGCACAUCUCGCCCGAGCUGCGCGACCUGCUGACGCAGCUGGUGGAGCCGGACCCGGAGAAGCGGGUCACCGCGUCGGCGGCGCUGCAGCACCGCUGGAUCCGGGGCGAGGGGCAGCAGAACGCGCGCAACCUGGAGGGGUCCAUCCGCAACAUCCGGGCGUACCAAAAGAUCCGCCAGUUUCAAAAGGCGGCCGUUGUGCUGCUCUCUGUGACCGUCGAUUCCGACCAGAUGACUCUGCUCGCAAACAAGAUCCGGCAACUGAAGGGAAGCAGCGGCGACCUUACCGAGCUGGAACUGGAGGCGCUGGUCGCCGACGUCGGGUUGAAAGAGCAGGCGAGCCAGCUGGUCGCCCUGCGCGUGCGCAUGCUUGGAACCGACGAGAGCGACGCGUUUCUUUCGUUUGAUGCCGCGGACUUUCUCGAGAUCCUGGAGUGUCGGCAGCUGGCCGCCCAGCAGAGAAGGUCGCGGGGCCGGAAAGGGUCCGGCCGGCGUGCCGCGCAAACCCUGGAUAGGAUUGACGAGUUGUCGGUCGCGGGGCCGAGGAUCUCUUUUGAUGAGAGCGGAGAUGGUCGUGCGCACAUGAGUCGUUUGGGGAGCAAGGGGCGGUCGUGGCACCAUUUAGAUACGCUGGGAUCGUUAGAGAGGAUAGCAGAUGGAGACGAAGUGGAGGACGAACAGUCCUCGUCACCGAUCAUGCUGAGUCGGGCAAAGACUUCGUCGCCCCUUGCGAAAGUCCUCAAGGCUGGAGGAGAAAAGCUGUCCCCGAAGAAGAGGAAACAAAAACUCGACCGCCUAGUCACAGUGCAUGGUCCAGGCUUAUACGCUGCGCUCAUGAGGAGCGGUGAAGCAGACGGUAUGCGAACCCAUAGUUCAAAAGAAUAAUGCCUUGUUGUGAGCUUGCAUAAUCCGCCCCUCCGCUUCUGUGUUGAAAAGCUCAUGCAACUUUAAUCUAACCACAUCUGCCCCGGAAAGUGAUGUGGAGUGAAUGCAAGGUGCUUGCAGUAGUGCUAGUGUACAAUCCAAUAGGAUCGUCAUCAUUGAAAGGUAAACCGAAAGAUUCUUUUCUUAUAAGUUUGUGUGUAGAUAAGUCUACCGAGUAAGUUAAGGUUCGGUAUGGAGGUCAUAUAAUUGAAAAUCACAAUGCUGGUAAAUCGUAUGCAAUUACGUCGUUUCUUGCUGGGGUUUGUCACAAUUGAGGAGUGAAAUCAGGAGACCUCUUAGCGUGUGAUCCUAGCUCGCAUCCAUCAGGCAAGAGCUUGCAGGAGAAGUUCGCUGAGAAAGAUGCAAUGAUAAGUGGGGGCCAG